GUCCAUUAACAUUAACAGUUUCAAGAGAUAAGAAGAUGUUCUCCCCAAACCACACCAUAGUGACAGAAUUCAUUCUCUUGGGACUGACAGACGACCCAGUGCUAGAGAAGAUCCUGUUUGGGGUGUUCCUUGCGAUCUACCUAAUCACACUGGCAGGCAACCUGUGCAUGAUCCUGCUGAUCAGGACCAAUUCCCACCUGCAAACACCCAUGUAUUUCUUCCUUGGCCACCUCUCCUUUGUAGACAUUUGCUAUUCUUCCAAUGUUACUCCAAAUAUGCUGCACAAUUUCCUCUCAGAACAGAAGACCAUCUCCUACGCUGGAUGCUUCACGCAGUGUCUUCUCUUCAUCGCCCUGGUGAUCACUGAGUUUUACAUCCUUGCUUCAAUGGCAUUGGAUCGCUAUGUAGCCAUUUGCAGCCCUUUGCAUUACAGUUCCAAGAUGUCCAAGAACAUCUGUGUCUGUCUGGUCACUAUCCCUUACAUGUAUGGGUUUCUUAGUGGGUUCUCUCAGUCACUGCUAACCUUUCACUUAUCCUUCUGUGGCUCCCUUGAAAUCAAUCAUUUCUACUGUGCUGAUCCUCCUCUUAUCAUGCUGGCCUGCUCUGACACCCGUGUCAAAAAGAUGGCAAUGUUUGUAGUUGCAGGCUUUAAUCUCUCAAGCUCUCUCUUCAUCAUUCUUCUGUCCUAUCUUUUCAUUUUUGCAGCGAUCUUCAGGAUCCGCUCUGCUGAAGGCAGGCACAAAGCCUUUUCUACGUGUGCUUCCCACCUGACAAUAGUCACUUUGUUUUAUGGAACCCUCUUCUGCAUGUACGUAAGGCCUCCAUCAGAGAAGUCUGUAGAGGAGUCCAAAAUAACUGCAGUCUUUUAUACUUUUUUGAGCCCAAUGCUGAACCCAUUGAUCUAUAGCCUAAGGAACAAAGAUGUAAUCCUUGCCACGCAACAAAUGAUUAGGGGAAAAUCCUUUCGUAAAAUUGCAGUUUAGGCCUGUGUUUAUUUGCAGUCACGAAUUGCUUGUGGAGUAACAAACUGGCUUUUGAAAUGGAAAAACCUAGUGUAGUCAUGAUUUAUUUAACAUCAUGGACUGUCAGUAACCACUUUAUUUUGUUAUCCAAAUGAAAACCUUGAAGAUUGAUUUCUUAGAAAUAAAAGCCUUAAUGUUGAGAAAUUUGAAAUGUUUUAUUUGUCAGAAAUUCUAUGAAAAUAAAUUGUUUAGUAUCUAAUAAUUGUAUAUGAAAAUACUAUGUUUACUUACUUGGGGGGUGGGUAAAUUUUUAACUAACUUAGCCUGAGAGAAAUUCUGAAAAUUCAUCUCCUUUGAAUGUGAUGGUCCACAGAGCCAUAAUGAGGUUCAAGAUAGGGUGGAUAAUUUUACACUUUUUAAAAAAUGAAAUUAUUUCUACUUCAAUAUGAUGUCUUGAACAAUAGCUCAGCCACCUUUGUACUUAUUGUAAUCAAUGUGCAAAAAAUAUAAAUAUAUGGGUCUCUGAUAUGUUAAAUUUGCUGUAAGUGUUCCCCAAACCCAUCUUGUAAAUAUCUUGAGAAGCUUCUUUUUUGUUCAUGUGAUAAUACUGGUUAUCAUCCUUGAUUCUGAAAAUCAACUCUCAACACCUUUUUAUGAGUUUCCAAGUGUAUGGAUCCAAUUCUAUCAUCAAAUUACUUUGACUGCAUUCCAGUUAUGUUUCCCAGUGCCGUACCUCUGACUUAGGACUAAUUUAGUAGGAGUCAAUAGGGUCUAUUAACUGCCCUCUGCAUACCCAUAAAUGUCUUGAAACAGUAUACAAAUAAAUAAGGGUGUAUAUAUGUUUCUGGAGGAAAUAAUCCAGUGUUUAUUUUGCUUCAUGAAGCUUUCUGUGGCCCAUUAUUUUUAAAAUAAGGGUGUUCUAGUAGUUCUUGAAGCUGCUAUAGAGAAAAUCAAUCUCAGAGAGGCUACCUAAGGAGACACAUUAAUCCAUGCAUUAUUAGUCAACCAGAUGACUGCAUAUUGAUACAUAUGUAUUUAGCCCUAAUAAAUUGCCUCAUAUGUUUGGCAUUUUAAUAUUUUGCACUCUGAUAUUAACUAACACCAUACAGAAUAUGCUACAGAAAAUGUCUGUAUGAUAUCAACUACUAUAUCUACUAUAAAGUGUUCACAUUGUUUUCCAGAAUAUUAACCAGAUGACUUGCAGUUUUUGUAAAAUGGGGGCAUAUUCUUGAGUCUCAUUUGAUUAAGUCUGGUUCUAGCCAAAUCCUCUUUCAGAAACAGUAUCUGAAAAAGAAGGAAGGCAAAUUUCAGUGACAAGAAUUUAACAAUUACAUUUUAGCACUGUUUGUUUUUGUAUUUGCUCGGUUUUGGCAAUGAUGGUGGGACAACAGAGGAAGGUGAUCUGCAGAGACAACAAUGAAGCAGAAAAGCUGGGAAUUGAGUGACACAGCGUCCUCACUUCCUUUUUGAGGGCCAGCAUCAUUUCAUCGGUGGGGUAUUUAUUUUAUGAGAAAUUUCCAUCUGCUAGGCAAAGCGUUGUAUUCCAUUUCUGGCAAGCAGAAUGGUCUCAUAUCCAGAUUUCAAACCCUAUUUGAAAAUUGGAUUUUAGAAUGAGUGCAAAAAAUACUCUAUUUGGCCUAAAUAACUGUACGAUUCCAUUUAUUUUCUAGUUAUGAGAAUUGCUCUGGCUUGCAGCAACCAUUUUUAAACUUUGACAUCCUUUUAGUCCAAAUGACCUGUUUCUUAUUGAUUUUUAAUAAAAUAUUUUAUUUAUUUCCAUUCAUGAUUUAAUUUUUUCCUUCUGCAUGUCUUUGGGUAAAAGUCACCUCAGAAAUUCUUUGGAGAUAGGAUAGAACAUAAAUUGACAUGAAUAAAAGUAAUUAUAAGAGUUGCAGUCACAGUGUAGUGCUGAUUUUAGGAUCACUUUAUUUUAAUCUUCAUAAAUGAAAUAAUGAGAGAAUUAUUAUCUCCAUUUACAACAUUGGAGCCUGAGGCACGGAGAGAUUAAAUUUCUUGCCCAAAGUCAUUUGGCCACUCAGUAGGACAAAAGCAGGUUUCUUGGUUUCAAAUUCUCUCUCUUUCUAGUUCAUACUGUAGUUGUUAUUAAAGAAAUUCUCAACACACUGCAAAUGCUUGAUGGAAUGUUGGAGAUUAUGAAUUGAUGAGAUUAUUGCUAUAGAUGAAAUAGUGGUUAUUAUGUGAUAGUUAUAUGUAUCCUAAGAAUAGCUAAUGGGAAUUUCCCUUGAAAAUUCCGUUUAACAUAAUUUAUAGGCAUUAUAAUUAAAAUUGUCUUAAUGUCCAUGUGAAGGGAGAAAAUUUUGAUAUACAGAAGACAUAGAUGCUAUUUAGGCUGCAUUUUAUUAAUAUAUUUUCCCAGUCGCAAAGGCAUACAUAUUCAUAUUAAUUAAUUACCAGGUACAGACAAAUAUGAGGGAGUAAAAUUUAUGAGGGAUCUGUCCUGUGACAAAGGAUACAUUUUCUUUUAUUUUGUUACAUUUCUUCUCAAUAAGUUUAUAUGCAUACAUGUUACUAAAAUGCAUCAAGCAAAUGUGAAAUCACUUAUCAUAUACAAAUUUGAACACUGAUUUUCACUUGAUAUAAUGUAUGCACCUUUAUAUAGAUUAAAUAUUUCUGAUGAACAUCAUGUUGAAUGUCAUAUAAUAGUUAGAUCAUAUGACCUUAAUACAAUAAUAAUACAUAUCAAUUGUAGAAAACUGACUGAACCAUAUUGACAUACAUAAGACAUAGAAGCAACAUUUACUUAUAAUCACCUACCUGAAGAGAGCUGAACUCAGCAUUCACUUGUGUUUUAUUCCGUUUGAUUAUCUUGCAAACCAUGAUUCCAUCAUAUCAAUGUAUCUUAGCAUUUUUAUGACUGAUGUAUCUGUGCAUCUCUAAUUGUUCCUUUUGUGUAUGUUCCCAGAAGUGGAACUGCUGAAUUAAAUGUUUUGAAUGCUUUUGAAACUCCUGCUAAAUUUUUCUAUGGGUAAAUUUUUCUCCAGAAAGCUUCUAGCAACUUAAACCUGUACUAGUAAUAUUUGAGAAUAAUCAUUUCACUAUAACUCUAUCAGUAGUAGGAGCUCUUGUUUAUGGUUAUUUGCUUCUUUGAUGUCUCAAGGGAAGUCUUAGAAAAUAAUUCUGUUCUAAUAAGCACAGAAUAAAAAUUGAAGCAUCUAUUGAACAAAUGAAGGCUACACAUAAGGUUGAUAAUUUCUCUUCAUGCUAUUGCUGAUAAUUUCUUGCAUGAAUAAUAUUUGUAUUUCUAUUUGGAAAAAUGUGACCUUUUGCUUAUUGCUGUUAUGUAAGUUUUCCUCAUCCUAAAAUUGAAAA